CUGGAAUGUAAUAAUCCACCGAGAAACAGGCUUUAGUUUCCCAACACUAGCUCCCUGGAUCUUUAUUCUGUUCGAACAGGAUCUGCAUAGUUCUCACCGUUCUUCUCUUUGUGCAGUCAAUAUCAGUUUUGAUAUUGCUUUUAAAAACAAGUUGGAAGAUGGGGAUGGACUCGGUGGUAAACAGCUCUGAUGAUGAUGCACCAUACGGAGGAAAAAGUGCUUUCAGCCAAACGGAGCACAACAUUGUGGCUGGAUAUCUGAUAACUGCAGGUGUCAUCAGUUUGGCCAGUAACAUCGUAGUCCUGCUGAUGUUCGUGAAGUUCAGGGAGCUCCGCACUGCCACUAACUUCAUCAUCAUCAACCUGGCCUUCACCGACAUUGGAGUGGCCGGUAUUGGCUAUCCCAUGUCUGCUGCCUCAGACAUUCACGGAAGCUGGAAGUUCGGUUACACUGGCUGUCAGAUCUAUGCUGCCCUCAACAUCUUCUUCGGCAUGGCCAGCAUAGGCCUGCUGACUGUGGUCGCAGUUGAUCGCUACCUCACCAUCUGCAGACCAGACAUCAGUCAGAAAAUGACUGUUAGAUCUUACAACAUCCUUAUUCUGGGUGCCUGGCUGAAUGCUGUUUUCUGGUCCACCAUGCCCAUACUAGGCUGGGCAGGUUAUGCCCCUGACCCCACUGGAGCAACGUGCACAAUCAACUGGAGAAAAAAUGACGCCUCCUUCAUCUCCUACACAAUGACUGUGAUUGCGGUGAAUUUUGUGGUUCCUCUGUCUGUCAUGUUUUACUGCUACUACAACGUUUCUGUCACUGUGAGACGAUACAAAGCCAGCAACUGCCUGGACAACAUCAACAUCGACUGGUCUGAUCAGAUGGAUGUCACCAAGAUGUCUAUUGUAAUGAUCAUCAUGUUUCUGGUUGCCUGGUCUCCCUACUCCAUGGUGUGUCUCUGGGCAUCGUUUGGUGACCCGAAGACCAUUCCUGCCCCAAUGGCCAUAAUUGCUCCCCUCUUCGCAAAGUCCUCAACGUUUUACAACCCCUGCAUCUAUGUCAUAGCCAACAAAAAGUUCAGGAGAGCCAUCAUCGGGAUGAUUCGGUGUCAAACAAGACAACGGAUCACAAUCAGUACCCAGGUUCCAAUGACAAUCUCCCAGCAGCCUCUGACCCAGUGAUUAAAUUGGGUCAGAGGCUCUUCAAAGGAAAACUACACACAUAUUUAAAUAUCCCUACAUUAUAACCUUCUAAUGAAUAUUUAUGUAAUUCAGUUAUCAGUGUUUGUCAAUUGUAACUGGUUUUCUGUUGAAUAAUAAUAAUUGGUUGGGUGUGGUAUUUACUAUGUAAAUUCCACUUGUUUUUACUUGGUGGCUGUUGUUUUGGUCCAGAUAAAGCAAUUCUAAACUACUGAUGAUAAUAAACUUGCAUAUUACCAUUUUAUCCAACAGGUAGGGAAACAAAUAUUUAAUUAAUGAAAAUUAUUACAUCAUUUAAAUCAGGCCACAUUUCCCCUUUAAUAAUGUCUCUCAAUGGCUUUUGACUAGUGUAGUGAAGUGGUUUGAGUACUUGUGAUAAACCUCUCUCCCAUUUUCAAUCUGCUCCAGUUAGCCUAAUGUUCAGAUUGCUCCACAGAGGACUCCGUUUUCUCUGUGUUAUAACUGGCCCUAAAACAGCUUGAAGGAAAACACAGUCAUCAGGAUCAGGGCCAGUGUGAACCGUCACCAAAUUAUACCCUUAUUUUAUAUCUAAAGAUGUUAGAUUUUUCCUUCUCAUUUUGUCCCUAUAAACAAACUGCGUUUUAAACCAUGUGCAAUGUAUGACUUUAUUUUUCAUUGCAGAUGAGGAUAUUUAUGAAUGAUUGUGAAAAUUUGUCAGAAAAUUAUUUAAUCUCAAGUUAUUAAAUUGUGAAAUUUAUAUGUGAGAAUGUUGUAUUACACUCUUCUUCCAUUUAUCUUAGAACUGCGCCCCUUUUUGGUCUAGUUGAGUCUUUUAAAACAUGAUAAAAUAUGACUAUGAAAAUAAGUCUAGCUGUUCGUAGAUAUCUAUUCAACUCUCCAUAUUUUAGACUAUAAUGUUUUAAAUGGCAGUUGACUGUAAUUAGUAGCAGCAGGUGGAGGUGAUCAAGAACAGAUUGACUGGAGACUGAGGAGUGGACUGAGCUUAUUAGAUGGGGAGAGAUGACUGCUGGCUGAGGGGAAUGAAAACUCAUUAGUCAAAGAAAGUCCAGACAGACUUUCUUUGACUACUUAGUUAGUCAAAGGAUACCAGACGCCCUAAAAAAAUUGUCUCUCAAAAGUCCAAACAAAAUACAACAACCCCAAAAGGGCAAACUAAGAGCUCAGGCGGGCACCCCAGAGGCAGACCUUGUUGUGGCAGGAUCUCUGGCAAGAAUCCUGGAGGCAGUACAGGGCUCUUGGUGGGCAUCGGUGACUCAGACGAGCACCACCGAUGAAGACCUGCAUCUUAUCUGGAGCUUGGCGUCAAGAACACCCAGAAAUCUGAUGCCCAGUAUCCUCUGAAGCAGCCUCGAAGAACCUCUGGUGACAGCAACCCACACAGUAACUUUGGAAGAUACCUUUGAAGCAGCAGCUCCGGAACACAACUUAGCAGCUCCAAAUGAAAGAACCCUCGUAGCAACCUGGGGACCUUAUAAUAACCACAAGGCCCUGGGUGCUAGACGUCUCCAUGAAGCCCUGGGUG